AUGAGGCGAAUGAUGCUGGACAGCCUUCCUGACCUGUACGAGUAUGAGCAGCUGCGCGGAGCAGUGAAGUAUGGGCGUUCUGAACUCCGGGCGUUGAUUGAACAAGCGGAUGUGAAUCAGUCACUCCGUGGCAAGGGAAAUCGUGCAACUAAUACAGGUAGCGGUCAACGGCAGCAGCAAGGAGGCAGCACAUGUGCUCGCCAUCAGCAUCAAAAUGGGAAACAAGGGAGCAAGAAUAAUCAGCACGGUGAUGGUCAGCGAAAGCCGAAGCGUGACAGGAAGAAGAAAACUUGUCAUCGGUGCAAUGAGAUCGGUCACUUCCAGGCUGACUGUACGGCUAUUAUCGAUGGUGUUGCUGGGCCUGGUGCGGCUGCCACCUGUGGAGGUAACACUCGGACAAACGUUGGGACGCAACGGCGUCAGCAGCGCUCCAACUACACGAGUCGCGACGGCGAAGUCCGUGCAGACAGGCGUGGAGUUGCUGAAGAUGAUCUAGGUGUGGCUGCUGGUAUUGCGAUGGUCAGUCCGAUGCUGGCUGUUCCGGACAUGAAGAGUGAGAACUACAAAAUGGCCAAGUCGCUACCAGAGAGAUCGUCAUGGUGGUGUUUCGACACAGGUUCCAAUGUGCACUUGACCGGUGGUCGCUCUCUCUUUGUUCAUCUCGAAGAAAUUCGCCCAGAAAGUGUUGGCGCAAAUGUCGUUGGUGUGGCCGCCACGACGCUAACUCGAAUUUGGGUGUUUGAGGCAAAGCGUCCAGCGGAUGCUCCGCGACGUUCAGGUGUACAACGUGUGAUCGUCAAUUACACGAUCGCGGACGCACAACCGGACUGGACACACGAAUGCUCAGUAUCGCAAGAUCAUGGCGGAUCGUGGACUCGUGCGCGGCAUGAUGAUCACGAACAGGCAGCUGAAGACGUGUGA